CUGUUUAAUGGGCCCAUUAUGAUAGUAGUCUAAAAUUAGGUCAUUAUGCAAAAGAGAAUUGGGAAACGGAAGCGGAAGCGAGAGGUCGAGUUCGAGAGGGAGAGAGAGAUGUCUUAUUACUCGAGGAGAACCACACGCAGCUCUGUAAAACAAAGGCUCCAGUAUAUACAAGUUAUCCAAGAUUUGCAGGAGGAGAUCAAGUUGUUACAGAUUUCAAACGAGAAACUGAAUGGUGUGGGUCUAGACGAUCUGAGCUACACCGAGCUGGCUUCGCUUAAAAGUAUGUUAAACGAGGGCAUCCCCAAUCUGGAAGAACACACGGAUAAGGCAUUCGAGGAGUUAUCAGUCAAGCAGGUUGUUGAGUGCGAUGUUAUGGGAUGGGAUUGGCUUAACCAAAAAGAGAAAGAUGACCUGGCCUACCAAUCUCUUCAGGCUAAGAGAAGAAGAGAAUUAAGGAACAAGGCUAGAGAACUCCGCCUCAGCCCUCCUCAAAAAAGCCAACAGCAGUAUAGCUACAACCCUGAAAGACUGAUGUUAGACAUCGACUCUUUGAAGAUCGAGAAAGAGAGACUACGUCUUUUAAACCAGAGAAUGAUUGGUAAAGAGCUCGACGGUAUGGGUUACUUUGAAGCGUUGGUGUUUAAAGCUGAGGUACUGCAAGGUUUGAUGAAUGCCACGAGGAAGAUAGAACGUGCAUGGCUGGUCAACAAGGAGCCAAUCUCCCCGGGGACAGAUAUGAUGGUGACUUUAUAGGUGGGCAGGUUCUUUGGCUCGGUGACAUUAAGAGAGAGUGAGAUGGAAUCGUUUUUUCUCUUUUUUUUUUAAAAUAAAAAGAGUCUUUGUGAGACUAUCUACUUGAAAGAUAAUUUUAUUGUUUUCCUGACUUUGUGUUUUGUCUCUCUCUGGUUAUAUAUAUAUGGUUAAGCUAAA